UGUGUGUGUUGGAAUAUUGUAAUUUCCCUUUCCAUGCUCUCUCACUUUUUUCUCUCUCUGUCUCUGUCUCUAAAAAUAGCCCUAAAUUCUCGAUCUGGAGGUCGGAAUUGGGAAAGCAAAAGGCAGCGAAACCCAUCCCUGUUACUGAAAUUCUUGCUUCUUCCAGUCGCAUUCUCUCUGCAAUCUGUGAGCGUGCGGAGGCGGAAAUGUGAUUUCGUGCUUCUUCAAUUCGCCGUCAUCGCCGGGUUCGGUCUCCUGCAUGCACGAUUUCUGCAGUUGCCGUUGUCGCAACCGCCGUCGUGAUCGGUGCCAGAGGAUAUAUGUGUGUGAAAUUAGGGUUUCAUUGUGGUGGAUGCAUGCUUUUGGGGCCAAAAUAAAUGCCGGUGGGAGGGGAUUUAGGGUUUCCGUACCUGGUCCUGGUGGUUUCGAUCGUUGGUCCCGUUGUAGGCUUCGUCCUCCUUCGGAAAUGGCAGCUCUCGGUGGCCAGGAGCGAGGAGAUUAAGCGGCUUUUGGUUCUUGCCUCGGAGGAGGCCGCUAGGGCUGAGCUCGAGGCUAGCGUCAACUACGUUGCAUCGGUGGAGACGAUUCCCCGUCCGUUGCUGUACCAGUGCGCCGUGUGUUAUUCUCCCACUACUACGCGCUGUUCUCGGUGCAAGGCUGUAAGAUACUGCUCCGGUAAGUGUCAAAUUAUACACUGGAGACAAGGCCACAAGGAAGAAUGCCAUCCUUUUACUGCUACUCACUUUAGCAAUGAUGAGGGAGAUGAUUCCAUAAAGGUGUUCAAACAAAAAGACAGCUUUGAGAUUGAGGGGAGGCAUUGUGCUGAACCAAUUCAAAAUUUCUCCAAGGACUCUGCAGGUGUAGAGUCAGAUUGCUCUUCUGAGGUUCUUCAUGGGAAUCACAACAUUGAACUCAAGCGUGUUGCUGAUGAGAAAGGGAUGCCUUCAAGUUCAUGUGAAAUUAAAAGGUCAGAUGGACAUCAAUCCACUAAUAUCUUACCCGAUAAACAUGAAAACAUUGUGGCACCAAAUGUUACAUCUUCAAAUUGCACUAUUUUGGUCAAUUCUGUAGAUGACCUUUCUAGUUCAGGAAAGUUAAAUCAGAUCAAACCCAAUGGUGCCAAUUGCGAUACUCAUUGUGGCUCAACAAGUUCUUCGGGUUGGAGCGCUGAUGGCUCCAAUGGGUCUUCAUUUUCUGAACCUUCUACCCCCUCCUCUGGUUUUUGGGAAGGAACCAUCAACUCCACUAGGCCCAAACUUGAUGCUGUUGAUAAUUCUGAUCAGUACGGUUCCAAUGUCACGGGAGAAACUGGCAUGAACAAUUCUCAAUCUUCUCAAAAUUCUCCCUUCAAUUCUGAUAGCAAUACUACCAAAAGAGUCAUAUCAGAUGAUGCUCAUGCAACUACUUUGGGGAUGAAGAAGCCUAUUGAUAGGGCAUUUUUAUCCGAAGGAUUAAGUGAAAGUUCUUUGAAGGGCAGGAGUUUACUAUCAUUGGGCACUGAAAAGUCUGAUAAUUUGGAUGCUUGUGCUAGCAGUGAUUCAACUCUACCUAAUUUCAGUGAACUUAGACAUUCCACAUCUAGGUCUAGUUCAAGUGCUGGAAGGCCUUCAACUAGUACCUCUACUUCAAAAAUCAGUAGCAAGCAGUCCUUGAGCCCUGGAAGAUCAAAUAGUGUCAUUAAUGACACAAGCAAUACUUCAUUGCAAGGUGCAAAACUUGAUGGGCCUUUAAUUAGUACACACGCUUCAAAAAUCAGUACUUCGCGGUCUGAAUGGCCAAAUGGGGUUAACAGCACAAGCACUACCUUGCAUUCAUUUGGAACUAAAGAGGGUGGAUCUUCAUCUUCUAAUGCUUCUGUUGCUCAUCUUCCAUCUAGCACCAGGAGACAUUCACUUCAGGGGUUUGAUAGUGAUCAUGCAGUUGCUGGUGCAUCUCAGCAUACAAGUUAUCUACAAAAUGGUAGAAAUGGCUUGAAGACAUCAAUGCAGAAAGUUGUUGACCAGCACAAAGCAUCUAAAUCACCUAGGAACUGCCAACCUGGGGUUGGAAGUGAAAUUGCUGGAAAAUACAGUAAUAAGGGUCUGUUUUCGUAUGAUCUAUUUGUCAAGCUUUACAAUUGGAACAAGAUUGAACUCCGACCAUUUGGCUUGGCAAAUUGUGGAAACAGCUGUUAUGCAAAUGCUGCGCUCCAGUGCUUGGCUAGGACACCGCCUCUAACUGCUUAUCUUCUUGAAGGGCUUCAUUCUAAAGCUUGUGCACGGAAAGAAUGGUGCUUCACCUGUGAAUUUGAAAGUUUAAUGCUGAAGGCAAAGGGUGGGACUUUAUCACUCUCUCCAGUUGCGAUGUUAUCCCAGAUUCGAAACAUUGGCAGUCAACUUGGUAAUUGGAGAGAAGAAGAUGCUCAUGAAUUUCUAAGGUAUGCUAUUGACGCAAUGCAAUCUGUUUGUCUCAAGGAAUCUGGAGUAAAUGCAAGCUCUUCGAGAGAAGAAACAACUCUUGUGGGCCUUACAUUUGGUGGCUAUCUUCGAUCAAAGAUAAAGUGCAUGAAGUGUGGAGGCAAAUCUGAGCAGCAUGAAAGGAUGAUGGAUCUCACUGUUGAAAUAGAAGGAGAUAUUGGAACUCUAGAAGAGGCUCUUCGACGGUUUACUGGCACUGAGAUUCUGGAUGGUGAAAACAAGUACAAAUGCAGCAGAUGCAGAUCCUACGAGAGAGCCAAAAAGAAGUUGAAGGUAUUGGAGGCUCCUAAUGUUCUUACUAUUGCAUUAAAGCGGUUUCAGUCUGGUAAAUUUGGAAAGCUCAAUAAGUCUAUUCGGUUCCCGGAGAUUCUGGAUUUGGCCCCAUAUAUGAGUGGGACUAGUGACAAAUCACCUAUAUACAAGCUUUAUGGGGUUGUAGUUCACUUGGAUGUCAUGAAUGCUACUUUUUCUGGUCACUAUGUAUGCUAUGCUAAGAACAUCCAGAACAAAUGGUUCAAGUUUGAUGACAGUACGGUCAAGCCGGUGGAUCUUGAAACCGUCUUAACAAAAAGGGCGUACAUACUUCUGUAUGCCAGAUGCUCUCCUCGUGCUCCAAGAUUGAUAAGGAAUUCAUUGGUACCCCGGGACUCGAGAAAACCCAAAAAUCUUCCCUCUAAAUCAAGAUCUCACUCAACAGAUCCUUGGGAUGCUUCUGCGGCUGAUUCUUUAAAUGGUCAUGCGGAGAUUGAAUGCUUGUAUCCAAAUCACAGGAGUUUCCAGCCUAUCCAGAAAAGUUUAGACGAGGACUGCUCGAGUGACAAUUCUUCGUCCAUCUUCUCUGAGGGAUGUUCCUGCAGUACCGAGAGCAGCAACAGGGAUUCUACCAGUACAGAUGACUACUUUGACCACAUUUUUGGAGAUUCAGAAAGGAAUUGGAACAGCUCAUGGAAGAUGUCAUCAGACUCCGACUUCUCUUCCUCAUCUUCCUCUUCCUCGUCCUCUCCCUUGUACUCAAGGCAUUCACCCCUUGCUGACUCAGACAGGUACUCCUCAGGAUACGCGGAGACCAGUGGCUUCCAAGCUGCUCCAAAAGCGGAAUUAGACAGAGAUGAUGGGAAUGGUUUCUGGACGGGAGCAGGCAGAAGCAGCAGUGGGGAUCCCAUCUCGACAAGAAGUAAACAGUGUAGAAAUGUAGGAAAAAGUAGCGGUAGUAGCAGUAGUGGUAGCUGUAGGGAGACUGACUCAAACAGAUUAGGAUGGUCUAACCUUCUCGGGAGCAAGAAAUCUGUUGUAUCUCUCAGAAGAUCAACGAGGGAAAGAACAGAAGCAGCAGAUUAAAGCCUUUUUAUUUAAAUGUCUUUUUUGUUUUGGAGUUGGAGAGGAUGGGGGGAAUAAUGAAGAGUUGAAAUAGAAUUAGGGGGGAGAGUUAAGAGGGGGGAUGCUGCUGUAUGUAAUUGUUGUAGUAGUGGAAGACUGGUGCCUGCCGUGCUGUUGGUUGUUAUGGGGCUUAAUUUUUUUUUUUUUUUGUCUGGAGGAAUUAGCCACCAUUUUUGCGGGACUCUCCCUCCCUUUUUAUAAAGUCAUCGUAUAAUAAAUAUAAAUAUACAUAAUGAGAAA